AUGGGAAAGGAGGCAGGUGGCUUGGGAAAUGUGGGAUAUACUCGGGAAGAUCUAAAACGAUAUCUUCGUACUCGACGGGAAAGGAGUUUGAAAUACGGAGAAGCAGUCACAUUCGACACAACCUACAAAACAAAUAAAGAAUACCGGCCUUUUGGAGUGUUUGUGGGUUUUAACCAACAUAGGCAAUUUGUGAUAUUCGGUGCUGCCCUUAUGUAUGAUGAGACUAUAGAUUCUUUCAAAUGGGUGUUUGGUACAUUUCUAGAAGUAAUGUACGAAAAGCGUCCAAGUACCAUACUAACCGACCAAGAUCACGCCAUGGCAGCCGUUCUUUCAGUUGUCAUGCCUGAAACAUUUCACGAUCUAUGUACGUUUCACAUAAGAUGUAAUUUUAUGAAACAUCUUGACAAUCACUACAAGGAAAAUAGUGACCUUCCAUACAUGUUUGGUGCCUGCAUGUAUGACAUUGAAGAAGUGAAACAAUUCAACAAGUUGUGGGAGGCGAUGGUGAAGAAGCACAAUCUUGAAAAUAAUGAAUGGCUUUCCGGGCUGUAUCGAAUUCGUGAUAAAUGGGCAAGGUGCAUGAUGAAAGAAAGAUGGACUGCGGGAAUGCGAAGCACCCAACUUAGUGAAAGUCUAAAUGCAGCAAUAAAAAAUUAUUUGAAACUGGAUCACGACCUUGUGCAGUUCUUUAGACAUUUCAAUCUGGUGGUUGAUGAUAAGAGACAUAAUGAACUCAUUGCAGAAUAUGAAAUGAGGCAAAAGCUUCCCAUGGUAGGGUUGAGGCAAACACUUAUGCUUGUGCAUGCAGCAGAGACGUAUUCACCAACCGUAUUUGUUGCAUUCCAAAAUGAAUAUGGUGAGUCAACAUCUAUGGUUAUAUUGAGACAACAAGAUCCAAGGAUGUUUGUGGAGUUUGCGGUAAUGAGGUAUGAUGGAGGACCUGAAAGAAUAGUGGUAUUCAAUCGGACUGAUCUAAGUGUACGCAGUAGUUGCAAAAAAUACGAGAAUGAAGAAAUUUUAUGUGGGCAUGCGUUGAAGGUGUUUGAUACCGUGGGCAUAAAGACAAUUCCUCCGGAAUACGUUAAGAGGCGAUGGACAAAAAGACCUCGAGCUGGGGACUGUCGCAACUCGAGCAGCAAUGUCGGAGGACACCAGCAAAGUAGUAAUCACCGUCAUAUCCAUUUGGCAAAGAGAGUUGAGCUCCUCCUCUCAGAAAGUGAAGAGCAACCUUCACAAAAUCAUAAAAAUCUGAAUGUGGAGGAACGAGAUAAAAUUGAAAUUGUAAAUGAAAUGGGAGAGGCAAUAGUCGCAAGAGGCAUUAAGAAACGAGGCUGUGAGAAGAGAAGUAGAGUGAUGCGAAGUUGGGUCGAUAAAUUUGAUAGAGUAAAAAGAAAAUCUAAAUUGUCAAGAACUACAGAGACUACGGUCUCAGAAUCGGAGCCGACAUCGAUUGAAUUUGAUGAACACAUAUUUAUGGGAUGUCGCUCAUCUACUGACUCAGCGCAUUCAAGGAGCCAGUCAGUGAAUGGCCCUCCAAAUGCUGUUGCUCCCGAAAUCGAAGAAAGUGAAAUGGAGGAGCGUGCGGCAAUUUCAACACACUGUGAUAUUGAUGGAUAUAAUGUAUUUUCACCAUCACCACAGGAAAGAAAUAACACCCAGGGAUUGCGACUAACUGUUGACGUCGCCACCCUCAGAUGCAGACAAUUUGGAAAUGAAUUAGUGCAUGUCUUGAAUGAGAUUUGCGGCGUUUUUGGAAGCUCAGUUGUGAUUGGACCUCCAUAUCGUCCUGGUUGGGAAUGCUGCAUAUCUACGUUACAAGCAGUUAAUAAGGUGUUACAAGUUAUUCAUGUGCUUGUACAGGCACCUUCAAUAUUUCACUGUGUUCAAAUUUAG